UUCCCGACUUGGCUGAGGGUGCUUCCCGGAGCUCACUGACCUGCAUCCGGGAGGACGGGGCGGACAGGGUUGCGUUAGGCGAUGGCCUAGCUCCCGUAGGGUCGCCCAUGUCGGAGACCAGCCCGAAGGCGGAGGCGGCGAAGCUGCUCCCUUUCCUGACGCUCGGGGAGCGGGCUGACCUGCAGGCGGCAGCGGCGCAGCAUGUGCUGGCGCUGACUGGCUCGGGGCCCGGCCGCACGCUGCUGGCCGGCCAGGCGGCACUACUGCGGUCGCUGGUCGAGCUGGCGGUGGCCCCUCCUCCCGCCCCAGCCCGAGACGCUGCUCGCGCGCUAGUCAACCUGGCUGCCGACCCCGGCCUACACAAGCCGCUGCUGGAGGCCGAGCCCGGACUGCCUGUCCGCCUGCUGGGCUGCGCGUUGGACCCACAGUGGCCCUGGGCCGAGGAGGCGGCCGCCGUGCUAGCUAACCUCAGCCGCGAGCCGGUGCCGUGCGCUGCGCUGAUAGAGGCUCUGGCGGCCGCAGAACCCGGGGAGUCGGGCCUGGAGCGGCUGGUGCGCGCGCUGUGCACUCCAGGCUACAACGCCCGCGCGCCCUUGCACUACUUGGGACCAGUGCUCUCCAACCUCAGCCAACGUCCCGCGACCCGCGCUUUUCUGCUGGACCGCAACAGGUGCGUGGUCCAGCGGCUGCUGCCCCUUACCCAAUACCCGGACUCCUCGGUGCGCAGGGGCGGGGUGGUGGGAACACUGCGAAAUUGCUGCUUCGAGCACCGACAUCAUGAAUGGUUGCUUGGGCCCGAGGUGGACAUUCUCCCCUUCUUGCUACUGCCCCUGGCUGGACCUGAAGACUUCUCUGAGGAAGAGAUGGAGCGGCUGCCUGUUGAUCUGCAGUACCUGCCACCAGACAAGCAGCGAGAGCCUGACGCUGACAUCCGCAAGAUGCUAAUUGAGACCAUCAUGCUGCUGACAGCCACAGCACCUGGUCGGAAGCAGGUGAGGGACCAGGGAGCCUACUUGAUCCUGCGAGAGCUGCACAGCUGGGAGCCUGAGCUUGAUGUGCAGGUGACUUGUGAGAAACUCAUCCAGGUACUUAUUGGGGACGAGCCAGAGCGAGGCCUGGAGAACCUGCUGGAGGUGCAGGUGCCGGAGGAGGUUGAGCGGCAGCUGCAGCAGCAGGAUCACCAAGAGCGGGAGCAGCAGGAGCUGGAGCUGGGCCCAGGGCCACAAGCAGAGGGAGCUGCACCCACUUGAGGCCCCUGAGGUCUGCCAGCAUCUCCGGGCCCACUUCUGUUUGAAGUCCGUCCAGGCCUCCCAGACCAGGCCUGCCUGCUGUCCCCUGCUCUGAGAGUAUAUCUGGCUGAGAAGUAGAGCUGCCCUUAAGCUCCAGGUCUUUGCUGAGGGUUGAGGGCACCUCCAUGUGCCCUGUUGCUUCCAAUAAGAAUGCUGGCUGCUCAGAGGAGAACUGUUCAGCCAAGGCUGGUCCAGACCUCUGACUCGCUCAGGUGUCUCCAGGCAGAGGGCUGGCAGGGCUGGACAGAAAAACACUGCAGACCUGAGGGGCCAGCUGGAGCUUCCCAACGAGUCUCAGGGGUACUCUAGGGGUCUGGAUGCUUGCAGUGCCCCUUGCUGCCAGUUCCACCCCGGUCCCUCCACCCUGGGGGCCCUCAGCUGGCCCUGCCUGAGACCUAGCCUCACAGGGCUGACCUGUUGAGAGUUUCACCAGCCAGAGCUUAUCAGGAUCUCCCAGGGCUGCAUCCCCUGGCCUGUCCUUGGGGUGCUUGCUGGUGCUGCCUCCUCUUCGCCCUCAGCACUUUCCCUGUGCCUAGAUCCAGCCCUCAGGCCUUUGAGAGCACUGCAAGUGCUGCUUCCCUGUCCUGGACUGACCUGAUGCUCCCACCUUCCCUGUCUAGCUAGGCCUUCUCCCUGCUCAGUUCCCCUGAGCCUCAGCCCCCCAGAUCCCAUGCCCACCAAGCUAAUAAGCCUUGCCCUUGGCCCAAAUCUUCCCCUGGACCACGCUCUGCCCCUUUGGAGCCCCUUGGCUCCAUGUGGUUCCUUCAAGUCCCAUGUGGUACCUUCAAGUCCACGGCCCAAAGCCCAGCAGGCUGUCCCUCACCCCACUGUAUUUCCUUCCCAGGCCUCCCACCAAACCUAGUGCCAUCUUCUGCCCCAGAUCCCUGUUUCCCCGCCCUUCCAGGCUUCUCUCCACAGAGCACCCCCACCACCCCCAACCCCUGCCCAGUGUCCUCAGUCCUGGUACUACCUCCAGAGCUGGGGCCAGCUCUACUGGAGCUCAGAUCAAAGCCAAGUUCUUCAUGGGUAUCGGGUGUAUUCCUCUUGUGUGGUCCCCUCUUCAUUCUUCCUCCCCCCAAUUAAAUUAAAGCUCUAGCCUGAA